AGAAAAUAGGACCAAUUAGCAGUCCUGUAUUUCAGUCAUUAUUCAAUUGUCCUGCUGUAGAGUCCUUUAUCCUACACGCACAGAUGGCUAGCUUCAAUUAUCCAAAUAGUCCUACCAUGGAUAAUAUUCAACCAUAAAAUCAGUCAAUCGGAACCGGAAUGCUAUUAUAGAUUCCAACAUUAGGACCAUUUGAUGCAAUAACUUAGCAAAGCUUUCCACUCUUGCAUACAUUUAUGGGUUUCUUCCUUUACUUUCCUUUAUUAUUUUUUUUUUCCAGAUCCAAACCCAAACUGAUAAAUUCUGCAGAAAAUCAAUGUAAGUGACCUCUGGUAGCUAUAUCUACCAGACUUUCGAACCAUAAACUCCAAAAACCAAAGAUCUUUGGAAAUCCAUGACUCUUCGUCUUGAUUCCAUCUUCUAGGUUUUGGCCAACUCUGAUCAAUUUCAUCCGAUCCUUGGCUGAUUUCAAUCCGAUCCGAUUCAUAAUCAAAGGAGGUUGAACCCGUAUACAAUCCAGAGUUUCUAAACCUUGCAGCAGUUUGAUAAUCUCUAUAUUGUACAAUUAUUAGCUUGAAUGUUAUUCAGCAAUUUCGAACAUCGCUAAUGAAGACGGAGAGACCUCUCAUUCCAGAUAAGGCCAUCUCCUCUCAGAUUCAGUGAGGGAUCAAACACGAAAAGCUUCAUCAGACAAAAAUCCUGGAUUCUCCUCUCCAUCCUCUCAUGUCUCAGCUCAGGUCCAAUUGAAGACAACCGAGAUCUCCGGAAUAGACUCCUCCAAUUCCACUCUGCCUUGGAAUGUGUUACGCCAAAAUCACCGAAAGAGAAGAAGAUGAGAGAUAAAGAAAGAAGACUAAUAUGAUCACUUGAGCGAGAGAGAGAGAGAGAGAGGAAGAGAGUUGAACCUAGAAAUUUGGAAAAAGCUGUCGCUCGCUACCCUUCACUCCAUCAAUGCUCGUAUAGAAGAGAAAAAAAAAACAAAAAGCUUGGGUUCUAUCCUAGGGUAAUACGGUCUUUUAGUGUAUCAAAUUAGCAGCAUAAUGAUACCGUUAGUGUUAGGGGAGGGGGUGUAAAUCGCUCAACUCCUUGGAUCCACACGUUAUUUCGGUGAACUAUAGGAGAGGGGAUAUAAUUAUCCCACUGUUUACUUUUCCUUUUUAUUAAGUUUUGGAUUUUGGUAAGGUAAUAAAAGCUUCAAGUUUUUGGGAGCUGAAGAACUGUGCUGACAAUAAAAUAAAAAGCAAGAUUUUGCACCACUGUAUCUGCAAUCCUUAUUCCUAUCUGCAUCAAUAAACUGAAGCCAUUAGAUCCAGGCAGAGAGGGCAAUUUCUCUUCUUGUUCUCUCUCUUUCUCUGUAUAUACACUUCGCAGGUGGAGUCGAAACAUGGCUUGCGGUUGUGGAGGAGAGUGCCCUUUGUCUAGUUCGACUUCUCCUUUCCAUACUCAAUCUCCUCCUACCAAUCGAAGGGGAGGACAUUCUGUGGCUUUCUCAUCCCUGGCUUUCCAGAAGAAGAUGAAAAGUGGCCGGGCUGGUUUCAGGAGGAAAAACUCAAGUCAUCCAACUACCUUAUUGGAGUUGUCAGAGCCAACUACUAAAAAGGCAAAUCUAUCUGCCAGAAGGAAGAAAAGUAUCAAGCUGCCAAAUUAUGUUGAUGAUCAUGGGAGGAUUUAUCCUAUCAGUGAAUUUUUAAGUCAUCCAUCUGGAGUUGAAGCUAUUUUGAACACGAGGGCCUUGCAAAGUUUUGAAUCCUUGGAUUCAAAGACUUACAGGUGCUCUCUGCCAAAAAUUCAACUUCUAAAAUUUGAAGUAGCACCUGUGCUGGAUUUGCGGGUGACUGCAACGGGUGAGGAUUGCAUAGUUGAAAUGUUGUCCUGCAAGGUGACUCUUUCAUCCUUUCAUUUCAGUUAUUAUUGUAUCUUGCUCCUUUGUGCACAGAUAAACACGCGGCCAUUUACGUUGCUUCCAAUAUCUGCUGUUGAAAACCCUGGAAAUUUAAUCAUGCAAACUCUGGUGGAUAAACUUGUUCCAAUGCUUCUUGAGCAGCUAGUCGAAGAUUAUGAGAAGUGGGUUCAAGAGCAAUGUGAAAUAUCUCCAUGAAAUUUCCCACCUGGUCUUGCAUUGAAUGGUAAUUUUGAACUGAUGACAUGCAAUUGCUGUAAGUAUUAUAUUUACAUAUUUUUCCAUCCAUUUUUUUCGUGGACCUUUGUCGAUAUCUAAAUUCAGAAAAUCUGAAUAUUGGUGGUUACUUUUCCUGUUGGAUGAGCUUUUAUAUUAUGGAAUAUUGUUAAAAGCACAA